UGGAAUAUACCCUUCGCCAUCAACCUAUGUGUAGGAAAAAAGAAAGAAAAAGGAAAGCAGAUCCUAUGGGACCCACCAACAAUUAAGAGUAUCAAUAAACGCACGCACAGUUUCCCCGCCAAUUCUUUCCUCAGUUAUAAAAAAUUCCCCAAACCCCCAAAUUUCAAGAACAUUAAUCAAAAUCCUCUAAAAAUGGCGAUCGUUGACGAUUUGAUAAACCCUAGAGGAGCCCAAAGAACUUGCGUCGUGGUGCUUGGUGGCCGGGGCUUUUUAGGCCGAUCGCUUGUUACACGUCUCCUUCAACUCGGUGAUUGGAUUGUUCGAGUCGCCGAUUCGACUCCCUCCUUGCAACUCGAUGCUGACUCUAAUCAUGGUGACUCUGUCCUUCGUGAUGCUCUUGCGUCAGGUCUUGCUUCUUAUUGUCAAGUCGAUGUUCGCGAUCCCUCUCAAAUCAUUAAAGCUGUUGAAGGAUCAUCUGUUGUAUUUUACAUGGAAGCUACUGACUUACCGAAACAUGAUUUCUAUGAUUGCUACAUGAUUAUAGUUCAAGGUGCUAAAAAUGUCAUCAAUGCUUGCCGAGAAUGCAAAGUUAGACAGCUUAUAUAUAACAGUUCUGCAGAUGUAAUUUUUGAUGGUUCACGUGAUAUAUGUAACAGGGACGAGUCUUUUCCAUGCCAUUGGAAAUUUGCAGACAUGCUGAGUGAUCUUAAGGCUCAAGCAGAAGCAUUACUCCUGUGUGCUAACAACAUUGGCGGUCUUUUAACAUGUGCACUGCGGCCUAGCAAUGUCUUCGGACCUGGAGACACUCAGCUUGUUCCUUUUUUAGUGAAUUUAGCAAGAUCUGGCUGGGCAAAGUUUAUUAUAGGAAGUGGUGACAAUAUGUCUGACUUUACCUUUGCUGAGAAUGUUGCUCAUGCCCACAUCUGUGCAGCAAAAGCUCUAGAUUCUCAGAUGAUCUCUGUGGCUGGAAAGGCAUUUUUCAUCACGAACCUCGAACCUAUGAAGUUUUGGGAAUUUGUAUCAUUGAUAUUAGAAGGCUUGGGGUAUCAAAGACCUUCCAUAAAAAUUCCUGCCAGGAUAGUCAGCUAUGUUCUCUUGGUUGUUGAAUGGAUUCGUGAAAAGCUUGGCUCCAGAAAAUAUAACCAUGACAUCUCAGCUCGCUUCUUUCAUGUAGCCUCAUGCACCAGAACUUUUAACUGCUCUGCAGCUCAAAAGUACAUUGGAUACUCACCAGUUGUCUCCCUGGAAGAUGGCAUCAGAUUGACCAUUGAAUCAUUCUCUCAUUUGGCCAAGGACUCGUCUUUUGGAAGAUUCUUGAACUUUGAAGAUCAAUCAAAAGCUGAGAAGCUGCUGGGCAGUGGUAAAGUUUCAGACAUUUUGCUGUGGAGAGAUGAGAAGAAAACAUUUACUUGUUUUGUUGCUCUUGUCCUGUUGUUUUACUGGUUUUUGCUUUCUGGAAAAACGUUUGCCUCAUCCACUGCCAACCUGCUGCUUUUAGUGACAACCAUCCUAUAUGGAUAUGCCAAUCUACCUCCAAAGAUCAGUUCCAGUUUCAACACUCCGAAGAUAUCUUUGUCUUCCUUUGAAAUUUCAGAAAAUUCAGUGAGAGAUUCUAUAAUGUCCAUAGUAUGUCUAUGGAACAGAGGGCAUCACACUAUAAGAUCAUUGGCCCAAGGAGAGGAUUGGAACAAAUUCUUCCAGGUGGCACUUUUUCUCUAUUUCGUUAAGUGGAUCCUGGUGGAAUCCUUGGCUGUGGCAAUAGGUUUAGCUCUGGUCUUUGCCUUCACCGCCUUCUUCGUUUACGAGCAAUAUGAAUCAGAAAUCGAUGGAUUAACCGCAAUGCUCUUCAGCUUAACAAAGGGACUGUUGACGAGUUAUGUUCCUGCAUCUAUGACAUCAUUUCUACAAAACAAGGGAGUGCUGCGGAAAGAGAAUGGCAAGGUGGUAAAUGAUGAAUAAGCAGCAUGUGGAUCGAAAUCUUCUUAAACUCAAAUACAGAAUUCAAGCUGUUCGUACACAAUAUGCCAGUCGAUUUAGGCUUCGAAACGAGCUCUAUGGAGAUGAGAUGCAUCCCCAGAAAAACAAAAAAACGAGGUAUGUUAAUACAGUACAAGCCGUUUAUCCUUUUGCUAGUCUCCGAAGGACAGAUAGUCGUAGAUAUCCUUACUGUUAACACGUCUGUAACUCUUGUGGAAUACUAGAGAGAGAAUGUUCAGAUAUGAUGAUGGAUAGCUUUGCAUUCGGAUAUACAA